GCCACCGCCACCGCCGCCACCACCGCCGUCGCCGCCACCGCCACAGCCGCGAGCACCGCGCGUCUCCGGCUCCACGCGCCGCCAGUGUCCGGCUCUCUGCGCCCCUCCGCCAGCCCCGCCGCCCAUCCGCGGAGCCCCGGGCCGCCGCCACCACGCCGCGCGCCGUACUCCGCGUCAAGAAUGGGGCGGCCAAGCUGCCCAAGCCGCCCGCCGCCGCGGCGGCCGAGGCUCCUGGCGCGGGCGCGGGCAUGGAGCGCUCGCAGAGCCGCCUCAGCCUGUCCGCCUCCUUCGAGGCGCUCGCCAUCUACUUCCCGUGCAUGAACUCCUUCGAUGAUGAGGACGCAGCAGAUAGCCGGAGGCUGAAGGGUGCCAUCCAGAGAAGCACAGAGACAGGACUGGCCGUGGAGAUGCCCAGCCGGACGCUACGCCAAGCCAGCCAUGAGUCCAUUGAGGACAGCAUGAAUAGCUAUGGCUCUGAGGGCAACCUUAACUAUGGAGGAGUUUGUCUAGCUUCAGAUGCCCAGUUCAGUGACUUCCUGGGGAGCAUGGGGCCAGCACAAUUUGUGGGCCGCCAGACCCUGGCUACCACACCCAUGGGGGAUGUGGAGAUUGGCCUGCAGGAGCGGAAUGGCCAGCUGGAGGUGGAUAUCAUCCAGGCACGGGGACUGACUGCCAAGCCAGGCUCGAAGACACUGCCAGCUGCCUAUAUCAAGGCCUAUCUGCUGGAGAAUGGGGUCUGCAUUGCCAAGAAGAAGACCAAAGUGGCCCGCAAGUCACUGGACCCAUUGUACAAUCAGGUGCUUCUGUUUCCUGAGAGUCCCCAGGGCAAAGUGCUGCAGGUAAUCGUGUGGGGAAACUACGGGCGGAUGGAGCGGAAGCAGUUCAUGGGCGUGGCUCGAGUGCUGUUGGAGGAACUGGACUUGACCACCCUGGCCGUGGGCUGGUACAAGCUCUUCCCCACCUCCUCCAUGGUGGACCCAGCCACAGGUCCGCUGCUUCGGCAGGCAUCCCAGCUGUCCCUCGAGAGCACCGUGGGGCCCUGUGGCGAGCGAUCUUAAUGCCAGGGAUGGGGAGGGGCUCCCCAAGAUGGCCUGGAGACCACCCAGCCCUGACCUGGGACCCCAGGCCCAGGGGCACAUUGGACAUUGGAGGAUGGGGUUCUUCCCCACCGUGGGGAAGCAGAAUGGGGAGACCUGCCCCCCUUGGGCCCCUCCUCACUCCUUCACCUCCUACCCCUGAGACCUUCCCUUUCCCAGUGGGUUGGCUACACUUUUGACUUGGCCGGUUUUGACCUGGUGGAUGCGGCUACAGUCGGAGAAAGACUGAGGUGGCGGAGCAAACCACUCUUCUGCCCUACCCUACCCCACUCCACCUAUCCCCUUUUUGCCUCCUUGGAAGCUCGCUGCCCAGAGCCAAGUCCAGAACCAAGCCGGCCAUCUCCAUGGUGCCAAUUACCAGCAAGUGUCUUUCCUGCGGCACCGGGUUCCGGCAGCUACUCCUGCCCCAGAGCUGAUGGGGCAGUUUGCAAGGAUCCGGAGCCAGCUCCCGAGGGAGGGGGGCAGAGCUCCCCGCUUGAAGGGGAGUGUGGGUCUCCCUCUGCCUGCCCGUGGAAGGAGCUUUGCCGCAGCCUGUCUGAGUCCAUCCAUCCACCCCCUCCUGCCUGUCCCUCUGCUGGAAGCUCUAGAAAUUGGGGGCCAGCAGAGACCAAAGGAAAGGAGGAGGUACCUGAGGCUUGGCAAGAUCCCCAGGGGUCCCUGCUCCACGGGACUGCAAAGCUGGUCUGGAGCUCUUGGUGGGCUGGAGAGGACAUUGUCAUCAUCUGUAAUACAGUGGAGGACUGUGGGGGACCUGAGUUUCCAGAACCUUGCACACAAGGAACAACUCUCCUGUGUGGGGGCAGUAGGAGCGGAGCAUUGAAGAAAGCUGCAAUUAGGUCCAAGAGGCACCAAGGUCAGGGUUUUCCAAAUAGGAGACCCCUCCUUGUUGGGUGAGAUCAAAGGUCAUCUUGUUAUCCCUCUGCCUCCGGGCUAGGGUCUUGGAGAGGCAUUAGAGCCACACACAUUUUAGUUUAAAUAAACCAUCCUGUACAAAGGGCAGAAGCCACUGCCCGGCCUCAUCACCUUGGCUCAAGGAGAGAUGGCGUUCCAGAAGGGAUGCAGAGCUAUGAGUGUAAGGAUUAGAGGCGCCAAUGAGGCCUGGGUAGCUGCCUUCCUGUGGCCCUCCCUGGGGUCUGCAGGAGCCCUUUUGCAUGCGAGGGAGGACACAGUCUGGCCCCCUAUAGAAGCACAUGUCUAUCACCCCUCCUGGGAGGCACCCAGCAGCCCGCCAGUCCUCCCCGUGUAGCCCCUGUGUAGGGUGUAGUCCAGGUUAGCUGGGUAGUUAGUGUUCACGCCUGAGGCCUGUUAGCUCAGAUGUAGUCUUUUUUUCAAGCCCCAGGCUGUGAGUAGAGGGGAGACCCCAGUACAUUCCAGAAGAUUUCAGACUCUCUCUCUAGCCUGGGCUGCAUGGGCUGCCUGGCAUCCCAGAAGCCAGCCCUUCUACCUUCUCCCUGCCUUCUUCUCUUGUCCCUUCUGGGGUUGUAGCCCUCACUGUCCAUCACGUUCAGCACUCUGGCGUAAUACCCUCGGCAUUGAUUUUCUUUAUGAUGCACUCCUGAGGGAUGCUGGGCCUUGCAGAGGGGCCUGGACUCAAUUAGACGGUGUCAUUUUCCACCAAGGAUGCCAGGACUCUGUUGAAUUCCACCUUGCUCCUGGUUCAUCUACCAAGGAAUUCCUUCAACUUGGAAAUCCUCCCAUUCCCAUCCUGGCUAAGCCCGGAGUGCCCCUUUAGGGUUCUGUCCAGUUCUGGCACCUCCACAUGCAUCUGUCAACACUUCACAGGGAAGAGGCUGUGGACAGGCCCCUCUUCUCCAAUUGGUCUUCAGAGUGUCCUUGGGACUGUGGAUGGGCAGGCCUCCUGGACGAAGUAGCAGGGUUCUCGACUGGCUCCUCUUUGAGGCCCACAGUUAGCCAUCACCCCAUUUUUUUCCAACAGUGUGAUGUCCUUGCUGUUAGGUUAUUACUCGCUGUUUGGAAUAUUUUGAGCCAGAAGGGCACCUUCCCUCUUCAGCUGUCACUGUUGUGGUUGUUCAGGGUGGGACAGAGCCUGGCUGUCACAUCCAGGGAGGAGAGGCUCAGCUCUAAUUUGAGAGAGAGAGAGAGAGAGAGAGAGAGAGAGAGAGAGAGAGAGCAUACCAUGAAGGAGCACUGGCUCCAAAGCAAUAACAACACCCUGAGGUGGUCAGUGAGACCCCUCAGUGACUUCUUGUUUGUUCUGUGAAAUCUCGCUCACCUCCUGGAGGGGUAGAGUGGGGGCUGGAGCCCCAUUUCUUUGUACCAUUGUAAGCAUGUGCCCCACUUCCAAGGGGCUGUGACCACUGGCUGUGGGAACCAUUUCUGUCCUCACCAAAGGGCUGGACAGGGCUUGGGGAUGGGGAAUGAUUUUCAUCCUUAGCUUCGGGGACCAACAAGCCCAGCCUGUUCCCACUGCUGUCUGACCCGCUGCCAACUCAAACUCUACCAUCUGGAGAGGAGCAGAGAGGGUGGAGUUGGGGGCCUUUCUGGUGCUGUGUCUCUAAGGGUGUUUCUUCUUUUUUUCCUCUGGACAAAGGUCAUGAAUAGGACUGCCAUGUAAAGGGCCAUCUCCAUUUUCCUUACCCAGAAUGCCUCUGCAUUCUGAAGCAAAGGGCCUGUGGAUCUUUAGUUCAUUUGCAUUAAAAAAAAAAAAAAAAAAAAAAAAAGGAUACCAAGGCCCUGCCUGAGGAGAGCCAUCAUGGGGUCCUUGGUAUGUCCAGUGGCAUUUCCAUCUAGGUCUCCCCUUCAUCUCUCAUGCUGAGCUAGAGCCAGGGAAGGAUAAAUGGGGACAGCCAUUUCUCAUCCUUUCUGCUGCUUUUCUUUGGAGCCUCCUAGUGGCUCCCAGUUAUGGCAGGACAAGCUGUAGUCUGUCUGAGAGGCUAGGAAACUGAGGCCAAAGCAGGAAGUGCUUUGGCUAAGCCCUCUCAGCAAUCUGCACAGGGGGACAAAGCUGGGAGACCACUCAGGGGCAGGUCUGCCACCAUCGUCAUUAUUUCUGGCCUCUAGGCACAGGUGGCACUGCCCUGCUUGACUCUACUGGACUAGUCCUUUUCUGGGCUUGAGUUGGGAGUUGUGGGGAGGGGUGCUGGGUUGGCUGGAUCUCCUGGGCAAUCUCCCUGGGGAUCAUGAGUUGAAGAGUUUUACUCUGGGUCAUUACAUCUCCAGGUCCAGCUGGGAGUGGGUUGACAAAACCAAGCUCUCUUCUGGUUUUGUAAAGUCGGGGCUCAGGGCCUCUCUAACCUUCGUAAGUGACAGCACUACUUCCUAUAAGCACCUCCCACAGCGUGCCCCCACCCCGUGAUUUUACUCAGAACCCCAUAAGAGCCCCAAAUAGCAAGUGAAGGGAUCCUUGUAAUUCUCAGCCUCAUUUUCAGGAGGGAAUGGAGGAGGUCCUGAGAGAGAGAGAGAGGUGCUCGCUCAAGUUGAGGCUUCGACGGCACCAGUGGUCCACAGCGCAGGCGCACAAGCACAUAGCAGAGGGGUUAAGCGGUUCACAUGCAAUUCACCACCGGGUUCCUUCAGGCAGGAGCUUCUUGAACACUUUGGAGUUGAGAAACAGCACAGAGGCUCCCACACUCUCCCAAGGCAGAGCUGUUGCACCAGGCAAGGUCACCUGCAUUUAUUUAUUGAGCAACAGCGAUACACCAGGCCCAGAACCUUAGACCCCUUUCCUGUCCCCUGCAAUGGCUCUCUUGGCCCUCCAAGAGGACCUGUCUCGGCAGAACAGGACUUUGGUGGAUGGAUAGUUUCUAUAGAUUUACCUAGCAAGCCCCAAGGGUUUUUCAUUUCAGCAAGAGAGCCAGUGUGGACUGGUGGGAGGCUAGAAGUAGACAUAGGUGUUACCUCUGAGUCCUUUGUGCCAUCCUGCUACGUGGCAGGAAGGUGGGACCCCAGGGUCCUUGGGCUGGGAGCCUCCCUUCAUCUACCCACCUUUCUCUGUGUCCUCUUGGGGAGCAGGAACAGCCUGGUCCUCCAGGGAGGGAGGGUUUGGGGGGCAUCUGAGUUGGAGCGGGUCACGUGGCAUUGUGUUCAUGACCACAUAGCUCAUGUUGGAAAUUAAAGUUUUUGGCUUUUCUA